GGAUGACUUGACGAAAGGAAAAUUUGUUCGUUUUAUCUUUUUUAACACUGUAUUUUGCCCUAUUUCCCAACAUAUUAUUCAAAUAUUUCCCUUAAACCAUCUUUCAAUUUUUCUUCCUUUGAAGGUUUAUUUGUGCCCUUCAAACCUACCUUUCCAUCAUCUAUUAUUUUUAAACUUUCCGUCUCAGGAGGUAAACACUCCCCAGGUUUUGGGUCGUUCUGUCUUUGUAAGGCGUUCACUCUCUUAGUACAGGUAGAACUUUUUAGCUUUAUUCCCUUUCUAAAUAAAUAUAAAGGUUCAGACAAAGCAUUAUAGGUCAUUUUUGCGUAUUUUAUAAAUAUUGGACAAGUCAGGGCAGGAAUUCUUUAAUUUUUGAAGCAUGCUUGAUUUUUUAUUAAACUUCACUUCAGAAUUUGUGAAGCUUCUUUUUAAUUUGAUAGAGAAUAAUUAACUUUUAAAAGUUGUAAUUUUAUUUUCUGAAGCAUGCUUCAACUUGCCCCGUAACAUGCAUUUUUCAAUUUACCAAGUCCCACAAAUUCCUCCCUUAAUUUUAAGUCGUGUAAACAUGAAAAGUCCAAAAUGUAAAAAUUGCGGAGCUGAGCAUGCUUCUUUAUACAGACGUGAUCAGACAAAUGGGGAUUGUUAUUGUAAUGCUUGUGGCCUCUAUCGAAAACUUCAUGGAAUGAAUAAGUGUAUAAUUAAUUUAUUAGCAAUAAUGCUUUCAUUUUUUACAGACCGAUUGUCAAUCCUGUAA